GUAUGCAUUUUAAUCAUAAAUAAAUUUUGAACAGCGUAGAUCUAUGUGAGGAGCGAGGUACGCAUUGCAAUUUCUAAUUUUCUGAUAAAACUAAUAAUAUUAUCAAGAAGACAGACACACCUGUGUAAUAAGGGGGAGCAACGAUGGUGGUGCCGCUGCUUAGUGUUUUCAUUCUUCUUGCUUUUAUUCCAAAUGGAUUGUUAGCAGUUCCUUCAACCGUUCCUGCAUUCCUUUGGUCAUCACAUUAUGAACUGGCCUCUGAAUUUGGAUUGAAGGAAUCUGUAAAUUACCAAGUCAUUUCUCCUUAUGAUCUGGCAAAGUCUGUUAUAUCUGAAGCUGGCUGGUCAAAUUUUCUGUGCAAAGGAAAGAAUUUUGACAAGCCUCUGGAUCUGGCACUUUUAUUCGUUGGUAGAGAGCUACAAUCUUCAGAUUUAAGCAUGAACAAACAUUCAGACUCAGCCCUUUUAGACCUGCUCAAGAACUCUUUUGCCAGAUCCAACACUUCUGUGGCGUUUCCCUAUGUUUCUGCAUCAGAGGAUUUGCUUUUGGAGAGCACUUUGGUUUCAGGACUUUCUGAAGCCUGUGGAGAUGGUACGGAAAUUGCCAAUGUUGCUUUCCAUGGAUCUUGCUCCGUGGGUGGUACAAAUCAUGAAGAAACCACAGCUUUGCACUCAAUACAAGACUAUUUGACAAAGAGAAUGGAAGAUAGUCACAGGGGGAAAACAGAUUUGGUUGUGUUCUGUAAUGGGGGCUCUCAAGCUCUUAAAAAUGUUGACAGGGCACAAUCUGAAGGGGAAGUUUUAUCCAAGGUUAUCAGUUCCGUGGAGGAAUCUGGUGCAAAAUAUGCUGUUCUUUAUGUGUCAGAUCCCUCUAGGUCAAUCCGCUAUCCUUCCUACAGAGAUCUGCAAAGAUUUCUAGAAGAAAGUGCUGAAUCAACCAAUUCCACAGCUUGUGAUGAGGUCUGCCAGCUUAAAUCAUCUCUUUUGGAAGGAAUUUUUGUGGGUAUAGUUUUGCUAAUAAUUUUGAUAUCGGGCCUUUGCUGCAUGAUGGGAAUCGACACCCCAACAAGAUUUGAGACGCCACAAGAGUAAUGAUCCGUUUGUCGAUGCUAGAAGUUGUUGUGAUGCUUGGUCUACUGGAUUAAAAUAUUACGUCGUAUUAUUUGCGAUUUUUACGGAGGCUCUGAUAAGUGCUUUGUAGUUGAUGACUUAUCUCUGGAACUUUUCAUAUUGAAUUUUAAAAUAAUUUGUAUCAGUAUAUAAAAAUAAAACUUCAAUGUUAGGUUUAAUUUUGAUCCCG